AUGAAUAAGCUGGCGAACAUGCGCCACUGGUCCGAGAGGAUGAGUCCAAACUUCGGCAUGGGUCGACCCAGCGUGCCCAUGAACAACCUGAACCAGCACUCCAAAUCCGUCUCCCAGCCUGGCCUGCCUCUAACGUCUCCCGCCGCCGACGCCACGAUACACUACUCGUUCAACAUCCCGUUUGCCUCUGACCUGGCUGGGCCCAACACCGAAGACAUUCUGCACGCUACCACCGAUGCCGUCUUGAGAUGGACGCACCCAGAGGACGCCCCCGACGACGUCAACAUCUUUGAGCUCCCUGCCCACGCCCAAAACCUGGCAAACCUGCGCAGGCUCUGCAGGGAUUUGUCCGGCGGCCCUCUGCCCAUCGAAGCUCAAGUCCUCGUCUCGGCCCCCAAGAAUGGCAAGAGCCAGCAGAUUACCACCGUCUGUCUGACGGGAUCCCCGGAGCUCGUCAACAAGAGCCGGGAGACCAUUUUGAACGAGAUUCCCAUCUCCAUGCGAUGCAUCACAAUUGACAUUGAUGGAAACUUGGUCUGUGACCUGGCUGCGGGCGUACUCAAAAAGCCCGUCCUGGACAAUCUAGACUUCAUCUCUAAAUACUGCGGCGUCGACAUCUUUCUGUUGGGACCCAAAUUGACCCCAAUGGUUGAUGGAAUGCUGGGAGAUUCCGAGAUGCGAAUGGACCAACGUUGGAGAGUUGCCAUCUACGGCGACAUCUUGUCGUCCGAGCACGCCAAGGCCCGAGUGCUUGUUCAAAUUGACACUUUGCUUGGCCGCAUGGUGGAUGGUUUGAAAAUCGAGUCGUCUCUUCACCAACUUGUUUGUGGACGACAUCGCAAGAACAUCAAGCUCAUCGAGUCUUCAACCGGGACUGCCAUCUACUUCCCUCCUCUGUUCUCGCAAAUGUAUCGCUACUGCCCACCCAACGCGAAUCGCCGUGAGCCUGCAGACGUCUACAUCACAGGAGACUCUCAUCAGGCCCUAGAGCUGGCCAAGCAGAAGCUUCUUGAGACAGUUUCUCGCAUCCGCCUCUUUGUCAAGGAUGUUAACAUCCCGGCCGCCAAACUCGACAACAUCCUUCUAGGCCGCUUGGACAAGGUUCGCAAGAUCCUCGAGGCCAAUGGAACGUACAUUAUGCUUCCUCAAUUGGCGUGCCAGCGCACGGCCGUCCGAGUCCACGGAAGUGAGGGCCUGCCGGUUGAACGAACCGUCCGGGAGCUCAUGUCACUGGCUGGCCAGUUCUAUGGCGCCGGAUGGUAUCUUCAACAGCCAGAGAACAGAACUCUACCUGCCGCUCAUGAAGUUCACUCCAUGCUCGCGGAUAUUUGCGCCAACUCGGAUGCGGAAGUGUCCUUUGAUAAGGCAUCUUUUACCGUCACCGGUGCCGAUGACUCCGUCAAGUCUGCCAUGGCCGCCAUCUCCGAGUUGAAAUUCGCAACCAUUGCUCCCUAUCAAAUCCGUGUCAAGAUUGAGCUUGCAAACGAGCACAAGGAGUUUGUGAGCGGUAAGAAGAAUGGCAAGAUCAACAAGAUCAUGGGACAAAGCAAUGUGCAGAUCAUCUUUGACGGCUUCAACGAAUACAACUUCAACAUCGACGUCAUGGCUGCCACCUAUGAAUCCAUGAAGCAAGGUCUGACCUUGGUUGAGCAGGAGAUGCCGGCGUCUAUCUCGUUUCAUGUGCCGGACCAGUACCACAAGCGCAUCAUUGGCAUUGGCGGCCAACACAUUCAGCGCAUCAUGAAGAAGCAUUCCGUCUUUGUCAAGUUUUCAAACGCCAUGGACAGAGGUGGCAUGGGACGCGAAGAUGACGACAUCAAAGUCGACAAUGUCAUUUGCCGCACUCCGGCUCGCAAUGCCCAGAACCUGGAUGCUGUCAAGAACGAGAUUCUUGAAAUGGUUGACCGAGCUGACUCCGAGUACACUUCUCAGAUUGUUAGCGUUGAUCGGUUGUACCACCGCGAAUUGAUUGCUCGCCUCUCAGAAAUUGACGAGCUUGAGCAAAAGUACAACUGCAAGAUCAACUUUCCUAGCACUGAGCAGGCGAGUGACGAGGUUACCGUCACUGGCCCCCAGUGGCAGGUGCCUCAUUGCGUUGACGAGUUCCUCGGCAUGGUCCCCGAUAGGCAUGAAUUGGUGCUUGCUCGUAGCGCCAAGUUGGUCAAGUUCCUGGAGUCUCCUGAGUUUGCGCAUGAUCUUGUCCCCAAGUUGAAGAGUCAGUACGAAGUGGAAGUUACUGUUCAUCAGAACCCUGAAGAGACCACUGAAGAUGGCUCCCCCACCGCUACUCUCGUCUGGGGCUUCACGCGCAACAAUGCAGGAGGUCUCCGAGACGCCAUCGACUUCUUGCUCGCCCAAUUUGCUACCGCGGGCGUCGAAGCUGAUAUUGUCAAGGGCUCCAUCCCUCGUCCCAAGUCCGACUCGUUUGAAGAUACGCUUCAGUAUUUCGAUUCCAAGCUUCUUCAGCACGCACCCGCUUCUGCAGCCGGCGACUCUCCCAUCAAGAAUGCUUUCAAUGCAGACAUUGCCCGAGAGCGCAGCAGCAUUCUCGAUCGCCUCAGGCGCCCGGGGAGCAUGACGUCCAUCUCUUCUUUCUUGGACCGCAGAAAGAACAGCUCACACUCGGCCGCAGGCAGCUUCUUCAAGGGCUCUGCCAAUGUCUCCAAGUCGUCACUCAUCUCGAUCGAGUCGACACGCAGCUUCAACGCCGAUCGAAACCCUUGGAACGACAGUGGUGUCAACCUGGCUGACGAUGAGAACCCUUGGGCUCGUCCCAUGAGCAACCACCACUUCGAGAGCAAGUUAACCAUUCCCCUUUCCAAAGACGCCAUCACUCCGCGCCACACCACCCGUGCGUCCGGUGAUAGCGGGCGACCUUCUACUUCACAUUCUAUGAAUUCAGGAUACCCCGCCCCCAUUGGGCCUUUCCGUUAGACUUUGCCGAAUUAGACCCAUUACAUGCGAAUACCCCCCCGGCUGGAUAUACCCCGGAGCGUCCAAGAUUGCAUCAUUUUCUGGCCCUUCACUUUUGCUGGAGAUGUUGGCGCGUUCCUCCUUUUUUUCUUUCUGCUUGUUGCUCUGUUCCGUCCGAUUUUUUGCGUUUUGUUUUUCCUUUUCCUUUUCUUUUUUCUCUUCAAUUUGCUUUUCCCAUCUUUGUGUGUUUGUUUGUGUUGAAUUUUUUGUUCUUUGCUUGCCGUCUGUUUCCGAGUCAUUUUUCGCUUACUGAAUUUCGUGACGUCAAUCUUGAUGGUUGGCAUUCACUUUUUUAUACCCAUUUGAACGUCCCAGACGUUGAAACAUAAAAAUUGCGAAGAAAAUACCCAUAGGCGCAGGAGCCGCAGAAUCUGGUUUGCAAGAUUGAUGAUUUUUUAUUCUCUCAUGGGGGUCUCGCCAAGUAACAGCAUUUAUGAGAGAUGGUUGAUGUCUUGGUUCAGCAGGAACAAAGGGAGAGGCGUGAGGAAGUAGGGGAAAAACACGGGGGGGUUCCGGUAUACGCAUUGCAGAUGAAAAGCGUUAUGUGUGUGUGUGCAUGCGUGCAUGUGCGUUUUACAUUCAUGUGAACAGAGAAGAUCGAUUUUCACAUCCUGGAUGAGAAUUUUUUGAUUGCCUCUUGUUUUAUAUAUAUCCAUUUUUGAGGGGGGCACAAAAGUGUCUUUUUUUUUUUUCUUUUACUACACCAUGUACGGCUACGACCUGUCAAAUGGAAAGAUCAUGAUACCCAUGGCAUGAAACUUAUUUAUCCUGAACGAUGCAACAAGUGACCCUGGUGCUGUACUGUAAAUAUUCUGUCGAAAAACUUACUUAGGUUGCAACAACAUAUCGUGGCGGAGAUCCAUUCGAUGAUACUCUUGUAUACUAUAGUCACCUUCACACUGCUGCUGCUUUCUAUAAACACUGAGAGUAUCUUUUUCUACGCCAUCUAUCCUAAUCAUACACUGCGUUGUUCAUAUACCUAGGUAUGUAAAUUUAUGUUGUAUUUCCCAUGAAAUAUCAUCUUGAUAUUCACCAAGCCUUCUCCUCCAAAACGCCAAAUAACGCCACAGUCCGAAAUAUGCGCCCUCAUCAGUACAAGAAGAGUCUCUUGUCUUUUUCUCCCAUCAAGCCGACAGCGGCCCGACCCUGACGUGCUCCCUAUGCCGCCAGUCACCGAGCGUAGUCUUCGUCUUCUCCCUUCUUCGCAUCUCUGCUUCCAUCCGCGCGAAUAGGCCUCGCGCCCCGUGCUUCAGCUUCGUAAUCAUGUCGGCUGCUUUGCCCUUUGUCAGCCCCAUCGUCGAGAGAGGGCUGCUGCCUUUGCCGCGGAGCUUGUUGAUGAGGUCGACCUGUCCUUGCGUCGGGGGCAGCCUCCUCCACGACUGGCGCCGCUCUAUGAAGCUGUGUGGGAAGGCGCCGGCGGCGUAACUGUCGGCGCCGUGGACCGCGUCGUCAAAGGUGGCGGCUUUGAGGAUCUCGCGAGGGGC